CUCCCGUCCUCUCCUCUCCUCUCCCGCAACAAACACCUGCUAGCUGCUCUCGAUCCCCCUCUCCAUUGCCAUCUCUCUCUCUCUCUAUCGCAUUGCUCGAGCUCAGAAGGCAGGCACAAGCAGCACAGCCAUGGCGAACUCUGCGUCCGGCCUGGCGGUGAACGACGAGUGCAAGGUGAAGUUCAGGGAGCUGAAGGCGCGGCGGAGCUUCCGGUUCAUCGUCUUCAGGAUCGACGACAAGGACAUGGAGAUCAAGGUGGACCGCCUCGGCGAGCCAAACCAGGGCUACGGCGACUUCACCGACAGCCUCCCCGCCGACGAGUGCCGCUACGCAAUCUACGACCUCGACUUCACCACCGUCGAGAACUGCCAGAAGAGCAAGAUCUUCUUCUUCUCCUGGUCCCCUGACACUGCACGUACCCGGAGCAAGAUGCUGUACGCCAGCUCCAAGGACAGGUUCAGGAGGGAGCUGGACGGCAUCCAGUGCGAGAUCCAGGCCACCGACCCCAGCGAGAUGAGCCUCGACAUCGUCAGGAGCCGGACCAACUGAUGAUCAUCUUUCCAUCCAUCACCAAGCAACAACAACAACAACACACAACACAACCACCUCUCCAUUAUAUAUUAUCAUUUAUUAAUUUCAGACCCACCCACUGCUAAUCGUCCAUAUAUGAGAGAUUCAUCCGUGGACUAGCUAUGCUCCAUCUCUUUCGUACGACACACAAUUUGAAACCUUUCUAUUUUACUAAUUUGGACUAUGCUCGAUCUCUUUCGUACGAUACACAAUUUGAAACCUUUCUAUUCUACUAACUAUUAUGUAUUCCAGGUUCAUUUUACUUGUAACCAUUCCUCAAUUCUUUCUGUAAGGAUCGAUCGGAGCAUGUACGUGGCUAUGCCAAUUGUUGGGCAUAAGAAUGCAUUUUGUUUAUGUAAUAUAGAAAUUUAUAUAUUUUGAGCAACAAGUUCUUGAGAACAAAUUC